AUGCCGCUUCAGACGGCUGAUGAAGACGUCAUUGAUACAGCGCUCUCCACAUUUGUCAUUUGUCUAUUUCAGGUGAUCGGGUCAGUUCCCCAAAUUGUAGCCUUUCCAGGCGAUGACGUCAUCCUACCCUGUGUUGUGGAGCCUCCAAUCAGCAUUCUUGGAUUAACAGUGGAGUGGUCGAGGCCCAACCAACAGUGUGACCCCGACGAUCGCCCGGGCACGGUCCGAUAUGUCCAUCUAUACUGGGACAGCCGCAAGGUUCAAGACAUGAUGCUAUCAUCGUACCUUCAGAGGGCCAAGCUGUCCAAGAACGGUCUGAGCCGAGGAAACAUAUCUUUAAAGAUCAUGAAAGUGACGCUUGACGAUGACGGGAGAUACAAAUGUUUCAUCCCACAGUUAAAGGGCAAAAGGAAAUCCUCAACUGUUCGCCUGGUCGUAGUUGAUAAAAACUGGUAACACAACAAAGAGGCCUGUGCCAUCCAUGAGGAAAAAUCUGAGGAGCGAUGAACGAGAGCAGCCUGCAUGGAUAGGACUUUUCAGUCUUAUUUAGCACGUUUCUAACCUUCCUGAUUCACAAAUCAACACAUUACAGUUAGCACAAACAAUAUUCAAGAAAAUUACCUGAAAUAACAGGUUGUGGUUUCAAACACAGGGACACUGCAUCAACACCAAGCACAUACUGAAAUACUAUUCUUGUAGAUUACUCUGUUCUUUCCAAGUCAUCGUUUCUAUUUCCCCUUAUCAGGAAGAUUUCUUUUACAACUUCUGGUAGGCUGAUCUGUUGGGCAGACAUUUUCAUUCAUUAGCACGGGGUCAUAGACUUCUGCACAGGUGUUGCUCUUAUCACCCUUUUACAAAGACCCUUUGAAGGACGCACAAGAAAGAGCUGGUUUUGUUUUAUAGGAUUAAGACAUAAGGGAUAUAUAAGGGAAUGUAUUUACGUUACUAUCACAUCUUUUUUUCUUGGUAUAUCACUUUAAACAAAUGGUAAUAAACUGACUUACUUACACAGGACACUGAGUAGAUGAUGUAUGUUUUUAAAUCAAUUUAAUACACUAACAACAUAUAGUUUGUAAAAUAAGAUGACAUAAAAAAAAGUGAAAAUGUAAAUGUAUUAAAAGGAUUUGCAGAUCAGAUGAAUUUGUAGUUUUUUGCGUCAUGUCAAUGUGUUUCUUAACCAUCAUAAUCAUUCAUAAUAUAUGGAAGUGGAUCCACUUCUGUUAAAUUCACAAGUAAAUUAAAUAAAACAAUAUCAC